AUGAGUUCUCAAGAAACCAUCGAAGAUCCGACAUUAUACCAGCACAUGCUCCUUGCCAAUGAAUUUGAUGACUCAAUUGAAGUGGCUGAAAUAGAGGACAACCCGCAUUCUAUUCGAUCCGCUAUUCGUACUUCAGAGUCGCCUUUAGGAUGCAAGGAGGUCUCUCGAGAUGACGAAGAAGACAAGGGGCGUAAGAGAGGCCAGCCAGGUCACACGGCAGAUUCAGCCCCGCACUCUAAGCUUGAGAUGGUGCUGUUGUUAGUUACUCAGCUCGACUCGCACGUCACUCAACUAAAGGAACGUGUGGAGGUGACGGCGGACAGCAUCGAACACAUCAUGAAACGCCUAGAGGAGCUGGAAAAUGACUUGACAAACGGUGCACGCAAAAAGGAAGACCCGACUCAGAUAUGUCAACAAGAAAAGGGUAUUCUGAAGAGAGUAAAGGAGGAGAGAGACGACGGACAUCAGAUUGUGGACUCUGGAGUGAGCGAGACAUGA